GGCCCAAGACGGCCUUCCUGGCCCGAGGUGGUGGAAACGAAGCCGAAAGCCACGCCCAGCUCCCUGCCUUAGCCACGCCCACUCCUCGCUCGUUCUCUUUUUGCUCCUGCUGCAGAGAGAGAGAGAGAGAGAGAGAGAGAGAGAGGCGGGCAGACCGACUGACUGGCUGAGGCUGACUGGGCCGGCAUCGCCGCCGCCGCCGCCGCCGCCUCUUUUCCUCUCGAAGUCUGACCGUUACCUGCUUCUCCCCCUCCCCCCGUCACUACAGCCGCCGCCGUUUGGGGCGGGGAAGGGAUUGAUGUGGAGGCCGAGAGCGGCAGCGCCGCCGCCUCCGCCAUGCAGCCCCCGCCGAGGAAGGUGAAAAUCACUCAAGAGCUAAAACUCAUUCAGGCUGAACAGAUGACAAAACUUCAAGCCAAACAUCAGGCAGAAUGUGACUUACUUGAAGAUAUGAGGAUAUUCAGUCAGAAGAAGGCUGCAAUUGAGAAAGAAUAUGCACAGGGCAUUCAGAAAUUGGCUAGUCAGUACUUAAAGAAAGAGUGGACUGGAAUAAAAACUGAUGACCGACAUGAUUUUAGGAGCAUGUAUCCAGUAUGGAAAUCAUUUCUUGAAGGCACAGUGCAAGUGGCUCAGUCCAGACUCAAUAUCUGUGAAAGUUACAAGAACCUAAUUUCUGAACCUGCCAGAGCAGUAAAGUGUUUUAAAGAACAACAACUGAAAAAGUGUGUGGACCAGCUGACCAGAAUCCAGGCUGAAUUGCAGGAGACAGUAAAAGAUUUAGCUAAGGGCAAGAAGAAAUACUUCGAAACAGAGCAGAUGGCUCAUGCUGUCCGUGAAAAGGCUGAUAUUGAGGCCAAGUCUAAACUUAGUCUUUUUCAGUCAAGGAUAAGCUUACAGAAAGCAAGUGUAAAGUUAAAAGCACGAAGGUCUGAGUGUAAUUCUAAAGCUACUCAUGCGAGGAACGACUACCUUCUCACUUUAGCAGCCACGAAUGCACACCAAGAUCGCUACUAUCAGACAGACUUAGUAAACAUUAUGAAGGCUCUUGAUGGGAAUGUAUAUGAUCACCUUAAGGAUUAUUUGAUGGCAUUCAGCAGGACCGAAUUAGAAAUAUGCCAAGCUGUACAAAGCACAUUCCAGUUUCUUUUGGAAACGUCCAGUCGGGUAGUGCGAGAUUACAAUUUUCAACUAUUCUUACAAGAGAACUCUGUAUUUCAUAAACCUCAACCCUUCCAGUUCCAGCCUUGUGACAGUGACACCAGUAGACAACUGGAAUCUGAAACUGGGACAACAGAAGAGCACAGUCUGAACAAGGAGGCCAGAAAAUGGGCAACGCGUGUGGCGAGGGAGCACAAAAACAUCAUUCACAGUCAACGGACUCUUGAGGAAUUAGAAUGCCAUGGGUCUGUGGUGUCUGAACAAAGCCGAGCAGAACUGGAACAGAAGAUAGAUGAAGCCAGAGAGAACAUCCGCAAAGCUGAGAUAAUAAAGCUGAAAGCAGAAGCUCGACUUGACCUACUGAAGCAGAUCGGGGUUUCAGUGGAUACAUGGUUAAAAAGUGCAAUGAAUCAAGUCAUGGAGGAAAUGGAGAAUGAGCGAUGGGCACGCCUCCCUACAAUAGCCAAUAAUGGUUCUUCGCACUUGCUAAAUGUUGAUGUGGAAAGGGAAGAAGGGGAAGAGCUAGAAGAUGGCAUGGAUGCUUUUGAUGACAGCAAUUCCAGUCCUUCUGGUACCCUCAGAAACUAUCCAUUGACCUGCAAAGUUGUUUAUUCAUACAAGGCUUCCCAGCCAGAUGAGUUAACCAUUGAGGAACAUGAAGUUUUGGAAGUUAUUGAAGAUGGAGAUAUGGAAGAUUGGGUAAAGGCACGGAAUAAGUCAGGCCAUGUGGGUUAUGUCCCAGAGAAAUAUCUGCAGUUCCCAACUUCCAACAGUCUCCUGAGCAUGUUGCAAUCACUGGCUGCAUUGGAUAGUCGGUCUCAUACUUCUAGCAACUCAACAGAAGCCGAGCUAGUCUCGGGGAGUCUCAACGGAGACUCCAGCGUAUGUUUUGUAAAAGCACUUUAUGAUUACGAGGGGCAGACAGACGACGAACUGUCCUUCCCAGAGGGAGCAAUAAUCCGUAUCUUGAACAAAGAGAACCAGGAUGAUGACGGCUUCUGGGAAGGGGAGUUUAAUGGAUGUGUGGGGGUCUUCCCGUCCGUACUAGUUGAAGAGCUAACAGCCACGGAAAAUGGAGAGAUCCAGUGUGUUGCAGAUGUUCAGGUAUCUCCAUCUCCAGUACCCCAGAAUUCUCUGGCACCACUGCCGCUGUAUGACCAGCCUCCAACCAGCCCUUUCCAUAGCCCUGAUAAAAGAAGCUCCCAGUACUUCCCACGGUCUCCAACAACAAACGAAAGCAGCUUUACUUCAAAUUCUCCCGGAUUUUCUCAGCCACCACGACCUUUGCCGGAAAGCACUUCGUAUGGCAAACUGAGACCAGUACGAGCUGCCCCUCCUCCUCCGACACAACAUCGUAGACCGACAGAGAAGAUUGAAGACGUUGAAAUAACCUUGGUGUGACAAACAGGAUGAAUUGCGUAGUACUGCUACAAUCAAGGCCAAAUGCUGGUGAUGUUUGGUCAGCUCUCAUUCUUGGGCACCUUUGCAUGAUGGAAGAGACUUUAAAAAAAAAAAAAAAAGACUGAGGAAAAGCAGGAGGAUUUUCCAGGAACAUUGACAUGGUGGUGGACUCUUCUUCCUGCAGUCAUUAAUAUUUUGUGCCUUUUUAAUUUUUUGCUGUUUGGUUCCACUUUAUCUACCUGCCAUCCUUCCUCCUUUAGCACAAAACAUGCAGAGGAAUGUCUUUGCAGAUGUAAAGUUUCCAGUGGAGCUUCAGAGAGCUCCCUCUUCCAUUACGGACGGUCUACAAAUUGCAACUUCCUUUGCGGAAACAACUGUACACGUUGAUGCUUCCCUAUCACUUCUGCAGUGUGUAGCACAACAAAUAAAGUCUCAUUCCUCAUUGCAUCAGGCAUCUUGAUGCCGCUCGAUGAGGAAAUGUGGCAUGUUAUACUGCCGCUACAGGCUGUGUCAAGAAGGGCAAGUCAUUAACAGGAAUGUAUUUCUACAAAGGAAGUGUAACAUGUAGACCAGCCAGCAGUCCUAGCAUACAUAUACCAUGUGCAUUAGUACAGUAUAUUACUGUUGCCAUAGGAAUGUGUUAAAAUAUUCUUUUCCUAUUCAAGUAGCAUUCAAGGCGUAUUAAUCAGAAUGUAUGAAAUAGAGAAGGGGACACACAAUUGUAAGUUCAAGGAGAGGCUGGCUCCUCUCUGUCCAUCUCCCCUCCCCCUACAAAAGAUGAAGAAAAAAAACAAUUCUACAACGAAAGGAAAGCACUGCAGAUCAUAUGGGGUUAAUGACUUCAUUGUGCAUCUCUUUCAUAACUAACCGUAAAACCCGAGCAUAAUGUUCCUUUUGUAUUGAUAUUUAUGCAGUGCAUUUAGUAAUAGAGUAUCUACUACAGAAGUGCUGACUUAGUAGCAACAACAUGUUUUUCGUAGGAUAAAACUGAAUAAGCAGGAUUUUCAUCGUAGAGCUGGAAAUAGCCGUUCAUUUCCUCUUUAAGCAAUUCCCCCCACCCUUUAUACUUGUGUUGCUUCUUAACCCAGUUAUUGCUGUGUAGUUUUGCUCUCUGACAUUAGCAGUAUAUUUUGGACACUGGAACAUCUGGCUAGAGUUAAGAAGUUUAAAUGUAUAGAAUAUUGACGUGUGAUGUCUAGCUUUAUUAGCAUUGGGUAGCCCUAGCUCAGAUCUCCGCCCAAACUCAGCUCAGACCCAGGAAACAAAGGCUAGAAGAUGGAUGGUCACUUGAUUUCUCCCCCCGCCCACUCCCACCAGUGUUUGAAAGAGGCACGAAGGAGCCAUGGUGCCUCUCAUGUGUACACUUGCUUGGCUUGUACAGCUAUCACAUCUGUUCCAAGAAGGCUUUGCGAGAUUUCUCCCCCCACAGAAAAAAAAUAUUGCAAAGCCUAUUUGGCAGAGGAAGAGGAUACUGGGUCAAAUGAAAUCAACAGCAAUGGCUGCAUCUUACCACUCUCUGCACACUGGGGAAGGGAGUGCAGGGAAAUUAUGACCAUGUGCCACCACCCUAGAAUCAAGCCAAGAAAGCCAUGCCUGAUGUCCUUGCAUCUCCAUCAGUCCACUUUUGGAGGCAGAGAGUAGAAGGGGGCUUAUGUUCUUGGGUGGGAGGCAACCUUUAAACCCCAGUUUCUCUGAGCAAGCCGCUUGCGGCUUUCAAGUGAGGCAGAGUUGUUUCGUACCUGAAGGUGAAUAAAAGUGAAAUGGAGGGGGGAGGAAAUUAUUUCAGGUGAAAUUAGUCUCUGAGCAGCAACCCUCAUAGAGGGGAGGGGAGAGAGGGCAAAAAUUUAAAUCAAAUUCCAUCCCAAGUAACUUCCAGUGAAAGGGCUGGAAUAUAUAAAACCACCUACAAAAAUGUGCUUACAGCUGAAGCAUAUUAAAGGAGCUCUUGUGUGUUCAUGUCCCCCCCCCCCAAAUAAUUAAAACAUAGUAACCAUUUCGGAGUUUAGUUGCCUAAUGGACUACAUCUUUUUAAUUCUGUGGCUGCAAUUUGUGAAAUCAUUUGACAAGAUUUUCCUCUUAAACUUUGCACAAAUAAUCUUGGCUGGGUCUCUUGAUGUAUGACUAUUUCUGCCAAUUUUUCUUUCGUUCAGUUGGCCUAAGCGAGGCAAGAGCUGUUUGAAGCAUUGUCUGCAGCAGUUGCCAAAUAUCUGACAGAUUCCUGUGAAGAUUCUGGGGGUGGGGGUGGGGGGGAUUGCGCCUUCUGUCCUGUUGAUCUGUUUGAGGUCUUUUUUUAAGUGUUUUCAAACUUAUUCUUAAGUUUUUUUAAAAAACAACAACAUUUUUUUAAAGAACUGUACUGCAAACAUUUUAAAAUGCUUCAUGAAAAAUAACUGUUGCCAAUAAUAUUCACAUGUUCUGUUGGGUUGGCCAGUUUUUUGCAUUUAUUUUUUGUGUGUGUGUUACCCAGACUUUCAAAAUUCAAAAAGUGUUAUUUUAAAAAAAAAUCUCCUUAGUUAUAUUUUAAAAAUAUUUUCUGUAAGAGCUGCUAAUUUUUAUUUAAAAAUAAAAGUUGUAAAAAUACACCUCCUUUUUAAACUUCAUACAGGGCAUGCAAUAGAACAUAUCACCAUGUACAGUGUCAGUACACUGAAAGCAGAACCUUGAAUGCUUUCUUUAUAUUGGCUGUAAAACUUUGUAUUUAUUAUGUAUAAAAUGUUGAAUAAUAAAAAGUGGCUUUAAAUCA